CCUGUUGCACAAAAGUAGAAUUAAGACAUCCGGGAUAAAUGACUCAGCUGAGCUCAAUGAAGCCAAAACAUGUGCGUCCAGGCUUAAUUGGUUGCACAAAGACCAAGCCAGGAUGAGCAGACACGGAUUCAUUAAGCCAGGUGAAACCAAUCCUGGAUAGGUGCGCGCUCACGGCUCACUCAAAUAGACCCUGCCACAGAUCACAGAUUAACUGAUUUACCAUGGCAACUAGAGCCGCGUACUUUUCCCCGUCGGAAGCACAAAUCCUCAUGGAGGCAUACGAGGAGGUAAAAGAUAUAAUUAAGAAGAAAGGCAACACCGCCACAGUGAUAAAGCAAAGAGAAAAAGCGUGGCAAAGUAUUGCAGACCGCCUGAAUGCAUUAAACAUGAACGGGCCAAAACGGACAUGGCAGCAGGUCAAAAUCAAAUACAAGAACAUUCUGCAGAAUGCAGUGAAAAAGAAUACCCACAGACAAGGCACGGGUGGUGGGUCACCAAAGGCUGACCUUACCCCAGCAGAGGACAUGGCCUUGGAGCUAAAUAAAGGCAGGCCCGUCUUAGAGGGGAUCCCUGGGGGGAAAGAGACGAGCAUAGGUUCCUCCCAAGAUGCCACCCGCUUCAUUCAAGUGCCUGGCAGCACUGUGUUCCUGUUAGAGCCACCAGCACAAGCACCAGACGAUGCUGAUCCAGGUGAAGGCCCCAGUGCAGCAGCAACAGCACAUGAUGGAGACGAUGAUGAUGAUGAGGAGGAGACCAUCUCUCUGGAUUCCAGAAGGCAUGAGGACCCAGAUGCUAUACAGUGGGAAAACCAGCCUGGCAACAUAAGCUCACAAGUUAUCAGAAAGUUGUAUGGCAACCACCUCCGGCGCCAAAUAGAACUGGCAGACAUAGACAUUCAGUACAAGAAGAAAAAGAUGGAAAAUCUUGCACUGGAGUCCGAAAUAAAAAAGAGGACAAUUAGGAAACUGGACCUUGAAAUAAAAAAACUUGAGAGGGAGGUGAGAUAUGCCUUCAAUGUACACUGUAUGCUAACUGUAACACAAAUGUAUUAAUCAUUAUUUUUCUUUCCUCCCCCAGCUCCAAGAAGAUGACACAGCUCAAAAUAAAAAUUAGGUAUAUUCUCGUCAAGUGAGCCAUGACAUAUGAGCUCUUAUUGUGAGCACACAGGACGGUGGCAUCUUUCUAAGUUUUUUUUUUUAUUUUCCCAGCAAUCAGUACAACCAAGUCAUCGUUAUAAGGCAUCGCCCUCUUUGCCCACCCCCCAGCACCAGGUGUGGCCACUAGCCUAUAUGAAGGCCCAAAAUUGUGUGUUCCUUUCUGCUCUGACAAUGGCAUGCCCAUUCGUGCGAGAUGUGGUGGAUGAAGAAGCACUUGUGCUGAGGAGAGCCUUCAGGCGAGAAAGGGUCUUCAGGGACCGGUUGGACCCACUGGCCUUCCCUGAUGACCAUCUAUAUGAAAGAUACAGGUUUUCUGCAGAUGGCAUCAGGUAUCUAUGCAGACUACUGGGUCCCAGGAUUAAGCACCGCACUGCACGGAGCCAUGCACUGAGUGUGGAGCAAAUGGUUUGUGUGGCCUUGCGCUUUUUUGCUAGUGGAGCCUUCCUGUACUCAGUGGGGAUGCAGAACAGCUGAACAAGGCCACAAUUUGCCGCACAAUAAGGAGUGUGUGUCUGGCUAUCAAAGCAUUAGCAGAUGUCUUCAUCUCCUUCCCUGGCCACAGAAGACUCUGUGACAUCAAAGAGGAGUUCUAUAGGAUUGCAGAUGGUCUGCAAUGCUGACUGUGUGAUCAGCAAUGUUGUGGCAAAAUGGCCUGGCUCAGUCCAUGACUCCAGAAUCUUUCGGGCCUCUGAAAUCUAUCAGUGCCUAUCACAAGGUGAAUUCUCUGGUGUGUUGCUGGGAGACAGGGGGUAUGGCUGCCAGCCUUUUCUCCUGACACCUUUCACAGACCCCCAGGAAGCACAGCAGGCCUACAACCAUGCCCAUGCCAGGACCAGGGCCAGAGUUGAAAUGACCUUUGGCCUCCUGAAGGCACGCUUUCACUGCCUUCACAAAUUAAGGGUCAGCCCUGUUAGGGCAUGUGAUAUUACUGUGGCUUGUGCUGUCCUCCACAAUGUGGCCUGCCUGAGGAAGGAGAGGGCCCCCAGAGUGCCACCAGCCAUGGACUGGGACAAUCCGGCAAUCUUCCCUGAUGACGACAGUGGUCGGCUGCUGAGGGACCAAUAUGUGUUGAAUUAUUUUAGUUAGUAUGUGUGCUUUCAAUUUUGGUUAAAUAUGUCCUGCGGUGGCAGAGGAAUUUGGGUUU